AUGACAAUUAGCAAUCAAAGAAGAUCAGAACCAACAGAGAAUUCCUGGAACGUGCAGCCUCUAACUAUCCGGCCAAAUGAGGGACGGUUGGGUAACCAGAUGUUCUCGUUGGCCACUUUGUACGGCCUUGGUUAUCUUAAUCGACGAAGAAUAGCGUUGAUGCCUGAUACGUUUAAAGCGCUGUCCCAUUAUUUCGAUCUUACUGUGCCUCAGGUGAAUACGUCUACGUUCAAUGCUAGUAAUCCGUGGCAAAUAGGAUUCUGGUUGUCUUUCAACGACAGUUCCAUCCCAGUAUCUUCUAACAUCAUCUCCGGGAAUCUGUAUCCAACAUCUUUCACCUUCUUCCAGCAUGUGAGAGAUCGCAUCCGGCCACUGUUCCGCUUCAAACCCAUGAUACGCGACUACGCUCAAAAUCUGCUAAGACAUUUGAAGCGAGUGCACCCUUGGACGGAUGUUUAUAUUGGAGUGCAUGUUCGAAGAGGCGAUUACCUACGAAAAGGAAGCGGAGGCUGGCUGAGAGCAGCUAAUGGCAGAGAGGUAGAUCUCCUCUAUUUUCAAAAAGCUGUAGAUUAUUUCAGAAACAGAUAUGGCAACGUUACUUUUCUGGCUGUCAGUGACGAUCGAAAAUGGUGCAAGAGGAAUUUAUCACAACUGGGUAUUCUAACAGUUCCAGAUUCUCCUUCCCCUGGGCAUGACCUUGCCUUGCUCGCGGAAUGUAACCACACCAUCAUGACAUACGGUACCUAUGGAUUUUGGGGAGGAUAUCUUUCUGGAGGGACUGUGGUCUAUUUUACAGAUUUUGUGAAGCCGAACACGACCGUCGCUAAGAAAUUUUUUGUUUACGAAAAGAUAUAUCCUCCAGAAUGGAUCGGAAUAUCAACAACGAAACCUGGUUACUGGGAAUCUUACACAAAUCCUUUUCUCAUUCCUUAA